AUGCUGACACGACUUCAGAAGAAGUAUUCUGACAAACCUGUUCGCUUUCUUCUGUUCCCGUGCAACCAGUUCGGAGAACAAGAGCCUGGCACGAAUGCCGAGAUCAAGAAGUUUGCAGAGCAGUAUGUUGCCCUGGCCAAGGAUGGUGGGGAUAGCAAUGUGAUCAUGUUUGCAAAGUCGAACCUCAACGGCGUGGCCUGCACGUACUCUGGCGAAGAUGCGUGCAUGCCAGGGUCGAAGGAAUGCUGCGCCGAGAAUGAUGCGGUAUACACGUACUUGCUCGCGAACACGCCACCGGGAACCAUCGCCUGGAACUUCGACAAGAUCAUCACGGACUCGUCUGGCAAGCCCUAUGCCGGCGAAGUGAUUAUGCACGGUGGAGAUGUUGAUGCAGCGGUAAGCAAUGUUGUGGACAGCUUGCUGGAGGGUGAUGCGCCCAACUUUUUGGCGCUUCCCGAUGCUGAGACCAACAUUGGCUUCCCGGCUUUGAAGCCAAAAGUCGAUGGCUUUCCUGGCCUGACGCUCUUCGAAGGGAGAAGGCAGGCUGCGCGCCUAGUGGACCUUUUCUCCUCACGCUCCGCGGAGGAUGACCUGGGGAUCAUCGUGGGAGACUUCGGCGCAGUGUCAGGUCCUUUCGGCAGUGACUAUCCCGAAGAAGCAGAGGCGCCUCUGCAAACGUUGGAGGAUGUCGGAUGGUCCCUGGUCUACGACAAGGACGCAGUCCCCGCCAGCUGCCUCUUCGGCUUCCUCGCCGACUUCAUGGCGACGAGUCAGAAGGUUACGCCGCGAUCGGUGGAGGCCCUCGCCACGGCCGACGUCAUUGGCGAGGCGCAGCUGGAGGUUCCGAUCUCGGACCACAAGGCCAUCAAGGUUGCAUGUCCGCUCCCAGCCCUGGUGGCAUCAAGGACCAAGCCAAUCGCGGCCUCCGGACUGCAGGAGCUGCCCGUCAUCGGCUUUGGCAGCCACUUCAUGCCGGAGGAUCUAACGGAGCGUGUCUCCGAUCAGGAUUUCUACCGGCGGGUGGACGAGCUGACGCAAGCCGCUUUGCAGGAAGCGCUGGCGGCUGGUGUGAGACUUGUCGACAGCAGCAACCGUCACAUGAACCAGCAAAGCAUCGGCAGGGCUUUGGAAACAGCCCUGAAGCAGGAGGCCCUCACCCGUGGGGAAGUCUUCCUAUGUGGUCGGAUCUCAAAGUGCAAGGACCGAGAGCAGGUCCGGUGCGAGGUCGACAUGCUCCUGAGAGAGUUGCAGGUGGAUUAUGUCGACCUGCUCGUGGCCGACUGUCCACCAGAGCAAGUGCCGGCUGCCUGGCCCUGGAUAGAGGAGGUUGCGCGAGAAGGUCGCACCCGCUUCCUGGGCGUCUCCAAUUUCGAUCUCCUGGGCCCCAAGGUCUGUGUCGAGGUUUUCCGGAAGUUCCUCGCGGGCGUGAAGAUGCCGCCUGCAGUACUGGCCAUGGAGGUCCAUCCGUUGAACACCAACGAAGAGAUGUCCGACUUGUGCCAGAGCAUGGGGAUUCAGGUCCUGGCAUACUCACCACUCGGAGCGCCUCAUAAAGUGGAGACCUACCUGAAGGUGCUCACGAAAUCAGAUGCCCGAGAAAUGAGGCCCUUGCUGAAGGUGCCAGAGCUACAGCUCCUACAGAGCAUCGCCAAUCGGCACGAUGCCACGGCAGCCCAGGUGGCUUUGCGAUGGAAUCUGCAGCGCGGCCACUGCAUCGUUCCGAAAAGCUGGAAUCCCAACCACAUCCUUGAGAACACAAAGCUGUUCAGUUUUAAACUCACCAUGGAGGAGAUGGCCUCCAUCACCAAACUGAAUAAAGGGGUGCGCUCAGAGCGAUUUUUCCAAGCCUCCUUCAGCACGGCGGCCAAGGCGCUGCCGCAGAUGACGCGUGAUGCGCACGACGAGUGCCGCAAGAUCCUGAACAAGAUCCGAGGUCCUGGCGGCAGCGUGCUCGAACCAGGCUCGGUACCUCAGGGCCUCGAGCCCGUCCCGCUGCCCGAGGGUGUUGCACGCCGGGGCGGAGACGAUGGCGGCCUCACCGGUAAGGUGGACUGGGAAAAGCUCGGCUUCCACCGGCCGGUGGAGGAGUUCUCUGCAGGGGAGUGGGAUUGA